AGCCCCUCCUCACCCCUUGAAAACAAAAAACCCUCCCUCCUUUUUCCCGCCUUAUCCCCCCGCCAGUGAAAGUCAACGCCCACCUACAAAAAUAUCCUUGGUUAGGAAAAGUAAUAAAUUCCUAUCUUUAAGAGAAACUAUCAGAAAGAGAUUCCAGGGAACAAUCUCAGAUUGUCCAGCUCUUACUUGAACGUUGUGUAACCUCACUUGCUUUACAAGCCAUUUGUUGUGGCCGCGUCAAACCUUUGAGGUCCAACUUUUUUGCCCUCACAGUGACAGCCUCGUGCUUCUUUCAGUAGACGACACCACGGUUUUAUCACUCCUUCUUCCUCAACCCUUGACCGCUUAGUUUCCCUCCUUCGAAUCCUGUUGUCACCCAUUUUCUCAUCUAAACAACGCUACCACCAUUAACACUACAACCACCGCUGCCACCUCCUCAUCUCAUCCACUCAUCCUCAUCUCGAACACAACCAACCGCAACCAUGAAUGUUUCCGAGGUGUUGGCCAACACCCUCUCUGGGGAUGCCACGAUCCGCAAUGCCGCCGAACAGCAACUCUCAUCCGCUGCCUCUCAACAUUUUCCCGAAUAUCUUCAAAUGCUCUCGGCGGAACUCGCCAAUGAAGAAACACAACCGUUUAUUCGAAGUGCUGCCGGUAUUGCUCUGAAGAACGCUCUUACCGCUAGGGAACGAACACGUUUGCUUGAAGUGCAGCAGAAAUGGACUUCACAAGUGGACCCCACUAUAAAGGCCCAAGUGAAGGAGAAUUCACUUCGAACACUUGCAUCAAACAAUAAUCGUGCCGGAACCUCUGCUGCUCAGCUUAUUGCAGCUAUUGCAGCAAUCGAACUGCCUCAGGGGCAAUGGCAGGAAUUGAUGUCUGCGUUGGUCCGGAAUGUUGGGGAGGGUUCUGAUAGUCUGAAGCAAUCCUCAUUGACUACUAUUGGCUAUAUUUGUGAAUCGGAGGAUCCCGAUCUUCGGGAGAGUUUGAACCAACAUUCAAAUGCGAUCCUUACCGCUGUAGUCCAGGGCGCCCGGAAAGAGGAAUCUAACAAUGAUGUACGUUUUGCGGCUAUGGUGGCGUUAAGUGAUUCUCUCGAGUUCGUCAGAACGAACUUCGACAAUGAUGGGGAGCGAAAUUAUAUCAUGCAGGUUAUUUGCGAAGCAACCCAGAGUGAUGACUUCAGGAUACAACAAGCAGCCUUCGGUUGCCUAAAUAGGAUCAUGAGUCUUUACUAUGAUAAGAUGAAAUUUUAUAUGGAGAAAGCUCUAUUUGGUCUCACCAUUGUUGGGAUGAAACAUGAUGAGGAGGAAGUCGCUAAACUGGCUAUUGAAUUCUGGUGUACGGUGUGCGAAGAGGAGUCUGCUAUCGAAGACGAUAAUGCUCAGUAUCAAGCCGAGGGAGGGUCCGAGCUCCGGCCAUUUUUUAACUUCGCUCGAAUUGCAACCCCCGAAGUUGUUCCUGUAUUACUGGAGCUCCUUACUAAGCAAGAUGAAGACGCUGGAGACGACGAGUACAACAUCUCUCGCGCCGCUUAUCAGUGUCUACAAUUAUACUCCGCCUGCGUUGGUGGGUUGGUUAUCCAGCAUGUAUUAGCAUUUGUGGAGCAGAAUUUAAGACACGAGAACUGGCGUUUCAGAGACGCCGCUGUUUCAGCAUUCGGAGCAAUCAUGGAGGGGCCGGACAUCAAGCUUUUGGACCCCCUUGUUAAGCAGGCUUUGCCGAUACUUGUAGGAAUGAUGAAUGACAAGGUUUUAAUGGUCAAAGAUUCUGCUGCAUACGCUCUUGGAAGAAUCUGCGACUGUUGUGGAACGGCCAUUGAUCCCGAACUGCAUCUACCAAGCUUAAUCCAGGCGUUGUUCUCCGGCCUCAAAGACAGCCCCAAGAUGGCUAGUUCUUGUUGUUGGGCCUUAAUGAAUUUGGCGGAUAGAUUUGGAAUCGAUAGCGAAGGGGAGGAAAACCCAUUGUCAAAGUACUUCAAGGAUAGCGUGAGCGCCUUACUUGCCGCUACUGAGAGACCAGAUGCAGACAACCAACUACGGACAGCUUGUUAUGAAGUACUUAACUCUUUCAUCACCAACGUCGGCCAGGAUGAGUUGCCAUCGAUUGCGCAACUAUGUACUGUCAUUAUAGAGCGACUGGAAAAGACUAUUCAGCUCCAAAACCAAAUCGUUAGCCCCGAUGACCGUAUUACUUUGGAGGAAAUGCAAACCAGCUUGACGGUAGUUAUGGGAAGCAUUGUUCAACGUUUGGAGAAAGAGAUUGUGCCCCAAGCAGACCGUAUUAUGCAAAUCCUUCUUCAGAUCCUUAGUAUGCUACCACCCAAUUCCUCUGUUCCGGACGCUAUCUUUGGUACAGUUGGAGCAAUGGCAAAUGCUCUAGAAGAAGACUUCACCAAGUAUAUGGAAGCAUUUGCGCCUUUCCUGUUUAAUGCUUUGAGCAACCAGGAAGAGCAACAACUUUGCUCUGUGGCUAUUGGCCUUGUGAGUGACAUUUCUCGCUCAAUAGGCGACAAAGUAGCCCCUUACUGUGACAGUUUCAUGAAUCACCUACUCAGUAACCUCCAGAGCAAUACCUUAAGUCAACAAUUCAAGCCUGCUAUUCUACAAUGUUUCGGGGAUGUUGCCCAAGCUAUAAGGGGCCUCUUCGAGACUUAUCUUCAGGUCGUAAUGGGUGUGCUUCAACAAGCUGCUUCUAUCUCCCCAACACCUGAUAGCAACUACGAGAUGGUGGAAUACGUCAUUUCUCUUCGUGAGGGUAUCAUGGACGCUUAUGAUGGCAUAAUUAUUGCCCUCAAAUCGGGGGACAAGACUCAGCUCCUUGCGCCAUAUGUUCAACAUAUCUUUGGUUUCCUCUCGGCAAUUAACGCUGAUCCUAACAAGACUGAGAAUCUGAUGAGAUCAGCCAUGGGUGUCCUCGGGGAUUUGGCGGAUGCAUUCCCCAAUGGUGAAAUUGCUCAGUACUUUAGGGCGGAUUGGAUUAAUGCAAUGAUUAAGGAGACUCGAUUAAAUCGUGAAUACGCUCCUAGAACCACUGAGACAGCCAGGUGGACUCGGGAACAGGUUAAGCGCCAACAAAAUCAGCCCUCUUAGACGUUUAAAGGAAUCCCGUGGUGGAGAUGUUCUCUGUUUGCUGGAAUAGAAAUAAAGACGGCUUAGGGUUUAUACUCGUCUUUUCUUCGACGAUAAACUUAUAAUUCCAUGGGCUGAUCAUUUUCAAAUUGGGUAUUGGCUUCGCAUUUUUCAUAUGUUUGUGUUUCUCAACUCGGUUCAUGGGGGAGUUCGUCAUUUCUAUAAGCCUCUCCUCUUUUUCCCCUUUCCUCCCUUUUUUUAUCCCGUGAAGCCUAUUAUCUGUUGGUAAUGGCCACCACACUCCAGAAGCCCAAAUCUGUUUUUCAUACCAGAUGAGUUCUCUAAAGAUGCGUAGGGCUCUAUCUUUUCCCCCCCGUUUUUCCCACCUUUUCCUUUACUUUAUCCCUUCUCAUUCUCAUCCUGUCAAUUCUUUUGUAUCUCCCUUUUUUUUAGAUGGAUCGGUUUUGUUUGUUGAAGACAGGCUCCUAUCUUUGUAUUCCCUGUUUGUUUUUUCCCCUUCUCACAGCAUCGGAUUUCCCCUCCCCCAUCCCCAAUUACCCCAAUCUCCAAUCACCAUAUAACCGCAUCACCCCGCAAACGAUCGCAUGAUUUCUUAUGUCUUUUUCUUUUCCCUUUCCAUCAUACUUCCCAUACAGUUCCCCGUCCCCAACCCAACCCAACCCAGACGCCAAUUGAAUCUAAUCCAAUCAUCAAAAUUAUUAAACCCUGUUAAUUACCAAAUCUCUCUUCUUUUUUUGUG